AAUGACAGAAACAGAGAGAAGAAAUGGUAAGAAGUCGUCGAACGAAGAAUCGACGCUCAACCUCCUACCGGACAAGCUCAAAGCGGAAAUCGCCCUUCACGUUCAUCUAGAUACUUUAAAGAGGGUUGAAAUCUUCCAGAAUACGGAAGCUGGUUUCCUUUGCGAACUUGUUCUAAAACUUCGACCUGUACUGUUCUCACCCGGAGACUACAUAUGUAGAAAAGGCGAAGUUGGGAAAGAGAUGUAUAUUGUAAGCAGAGGUCGUUUACAAGUCGUCGCUGAUAACGGAAAGACAGUUUUAGCGACCUUGCGACCUGGAAGCUAUUUCGGGGAGAUAUCAAUUCUAAAUAUGGGAAAUGCCGGUAAUAGAAGAACAGCGUCGGUAAAAUCAGUCGGAUAUUCCGACUUGUUUGUUCUCAGCAAAAAUGAUUUGUGGGAAGUCUUGAAGGACUAUCCGGCGGCAAGGGUUAGAUUGGAGGCUAUCGCUGUUAAGCGAUUAGAAAAAUAUAAGAAACAACCACUGGAGAACAAAGGCGAUGAUACAAAAGCCUUAUCACGAAGUAAAAGUACUCCAGGAUUGGUAGAAUCCUCUGGAAAAACGCCGAUAGAAGUGAUAGCAAUGAUGCCAAAGCACCAUACUCUACCUCCAGCUCUCCUUAAACAAAGGAAUUCACAAGGUUCAACUCAUUCGGCACCAGUUUCAACGCCUUGUGUUUUUAUAGAAAAUGAGAAGGUCGGAGAAAAGUUAUCUAAAGAGGAACACCUGGCAGUAGCGGAUGGAGCGUCAAGUUCUAACAAACAAUCACCUUCUCCUUGUGUAACCAUUAUACCAACAACACCGGAUAAUGACGCUCAUUUAACUUAUGCUCAACCGGCCUUUUUCCAACCUCUUUCCUUUGCCCAAUCGGAUCAUGUACCUCUUGUAGGAGUAAGAUCCGUUUCACCCUCCGGCUAUCUUACAACACCCGUAAUCGGUUAUUCUGGACUACCUCAACAGCAGCAACCUCAACAGCAACAGCAACAGCAACCAGAGAAUUUACUUGUUGAACUUACGCGAUUAAGAGAAAGGUUGCAAACUCUUGAAGCAGAGAAUGCGACUAUGUCGCACAAACUUAAUCAGCAAAAUUGGAACGUUCAACAGCGCUUGAACGAAAUAGAAAUGCAUAUUUGCGGUUCAGAGGAUAGCACUUCUAGUGAUCCCCCAAAUAGAGAAUCAGUUAUUUAG